UGGAAGGCACAGCCCUCCCUCACCUUAGCUCACCAAGCUCCAAGUCCCAAUCUCUCAUCGCCAACCCCACCCAGGCGGGCAUACGCAGCAUACGGCAUUUAUAUCCAGCUAUGCCUGACUUCAAAGAGAUCACAAAAGGAGGUUGGCAUCCAAAGGGCAAGGAUGGAAAGUCAAAAGAGAGCUGGAGAGGUGAUUUCAAAGGAAUCGCUCAGGUUUCCUCAUGGUUGGGCAAGGGGGACCAGAACUCUUCGAAUACAACAGAAGCCAGCGAACAUAUCUCACGCCCUCUGUCUAGCCUGAAGGAUCCUGCUGCCUUUGGCCCACCUCCGAAGCACAUCCAUUUUCAUGGCGGUGCCGCUCUGCCCAACCAGAUCACUCCGGAUAGACGCGGCCUUGGAGCACCAUUAUCGCAGGAGGAAAUACAAGCGAACAAGAGACGGGCAGACGAGGAGGAACAGCGAAGAAUAGCAGAAGAAGAAGAAAGGACGAAGCCCAAACCUCCGCCAGCUCCAUUCCGGGCUGAUACAACCGGCCUGUCGACAUCCCACCUACCACCGCCUCCAGUCCGAAGAGAUAUUGCUGAUCGACCUCGUCCAUCACCAGCGGCCAAACCAAAGCCUCCAAGUCUUCCACCGCGACUACCGCCGAGGCAGAAUUCCAGUACCAUUGCAUCUCCACCUUCAACGUCUGGCGCUGCCACGCCUGAACCUGAUGCCCACAAGGGAAUUCUAAAUCAAGCUUCUUUGAACAGAUUGGGUGCUGCUGGGGUUUCUGUCCCCGAACUUGGCAUUGGAGGAGCUUCAACCCCAACGCCCCCUCCUCGAAGCCCAGUCCCUAGCCAUUCUUCCGGGCCAAAUGCAUCUCAACUCGACGAACUUCAAUCCCGCUUUUCGCGUCUGAAUUCGUCGGGCUCACCAGCAAAAGAAACCCCAAGCGAAGGCACGAGUUUUGCUCAAAAACAAGCAGCUUUUAAGACUGUUUCUUCUUUUCGAAAUGACCCUUCUUCGGUGUCAUUUAGCGACGCGAGGAAUGCUGCAAGUACGGCAAACAACUUCCGGGAGCGGCAUGGUGAUCAGGUCAAGUCGGGAUGGCAGUCAGCGAAUAAAUUCAACGACAAAUACGGGAUUACAAAUAAGGUGGGAUGUUAUGCGGGGAUUGGGGCUCAACAGCCAUCAGAGCCUGCAAGUCCGAUGAUUGAGAUGCGAGACAAUACAUCGGAAGGGCAAAGUUCAAUCGUGGGCAAAAAGAAACCACCGCCCCCUCCAGUCAAGCGAGCAGAAUUGUCGGCUUCUGGGGUCUCAAAAGAUACCGGUCCGCCACCAAUUCCGAUGGCUAGUAAACCUAAGUUUCAACCCUCUAGUCCUGAAGUUCAAGUUCAAGAUCUAGACCUCGACCUCAAAUCCGAGUGGUUUGCGAAAUCUCCUCCAGCAUUCCCGCCAGCAUCGAUCAUCCGCCUUCCAGGGACAAGGAGCUAUGCCUCCACGUCAGGUUGGUCAUCGACUGGAGUGAGAAAGAUCCAUACCUUUACGGGUGCUAUCCGUGACAACGGCACCUUAGCAACCACCAUCAUCCACCUGACCUGGGAUAGCAGUAAUCCGGGCCUUACUGUCAAGGCUCAGCAACGGCAUCUACCUCCACCAAGAAAGCUCACUAGGAGCGAGUUGGAAAGCUAUCGAGAACAAUACUCAGACGCAAUAGCUAGAUGGAGCGAGUCGAAAAUGGCACAGCAAGUUGGAGAUGGCGAAUGCUGGACCUUAGCAAACGAGGCUCUGCUAGCCGUAGCAGCAAACUGCUCCUCCCGAGGUGAAGAACCAUGCAUGCCUUCACAAUCCCUCGUCCACGGAUUCCUCAUCUACUCCUACAUCCCAUCCGUAUCGCCGCAUCCAGAGCCUCGAGGAGGUACCCUCGAAGCCGGGGUCGCCAGAGGAGAUAUCCUCCAGCUUCGCACAGCUCACUUCAAGGCCAAAGACGGCAUGAGCGAGAAAUGGGCAGGAGCCCCCGAUCACACGGCGGUCGUCGUUGGCGUCGAGCCAAACGGCGCUGUGAGGGUAGUGGAGCAGAACGUCGGCGGUGUCAAGAGAGUGCGAGAGGGAUCGUACGACAUGUCGGAGUUGGUGAGGGGCGAGGCGAGGAUAUUUAGGGCCGUGGGCGAGUCCUGGGCUGGAAAGUUGGAGCCUAGAUGGUGAGCUGGCGCUCUUCUUGUAGUGAAGGUCUUGUAUCAGUAUGGGUAUACGAAUCCCCCCAUCUAUCACCGGCAGCACGGCUGGCAGCAUCUCGCACUCGGUGUUGAAAAAGUCUAGAUGAGAGGCAAGACACAGCUUUACAUUAUAGACUUGUACAGCAGUAUAGUGGCUCAAAGUCUCUAUUCGAAUAUCGAUGACUUGAUACGGUGCAGUUCCAUUCCAACCUAGGUACUGAAGACUAACCAACUUCCAUUCUAUCUAUCUAUCUAUUUGCACAUACGUCG